ACUCUCUCUCUCUCUCUCCCCCUCUGUAGUUUUGAUCCCCUUUCUUUGAUUGGAGAUCCAUCUCGGAUCUUGAAAUUUUGGAGAAUUCUAAGGAGUUCGCUGAGAAUUGGCGAUCUGAGACCUGAUUUGAUUGAUUCCGGCAUUGAUUUCGGUCGAGAAUCAAGAAACUUAUCAAGUGUCACUGCUAUCUUGAAGAAUUUUUGGUGAAUUCCUCAAAGAAUUUUUGAGUGGAUAUGGAUCGAACUAGAGAGAGAAAGAUGUCAUUCUCUUCAUCUCGCCGCAGGUCUCGAGGGAUGGUGCCUAAAGAAUCUUCAGGCAUCUGGAAAGUUGAGAACGAAGGGAUCGAUACCAUCAGAGAAAGAUACAGAAUUAAGGACCACAGAUUGAAUGGCAGGACGAGACAUAGCAGACUGGUUUCUAACGAGAGCUCGGAUGAGAGCUUUGAUGAAGAGAUGGCAGGAGGACAAAAUGGUCAAGCCGUAAUAAAGGAUACCAAGUUGAAGGGCUACGAUGAGAUCAUUGUUGGGGUUCCGGUCCCUCGAAGAGCUCGAGGCUUAAAGAGAAGAUUGCAGAAUUCGGUUGUUAAUGCUCAAUCAUCUAAUGUGUCAAAGGAAACUGGAGACGAAGCGGUUCCGAUAUCAGAGACUGAAGUUGAAGUUGCUAAAGUUCUAUUUGGAUUGACGAAACUGCAUUCACAAGAUUCUGAUGCUGUGGUUGAUACCUUCCAGGGUUCUUCAGUACCUGAUACAUCGGCCUUACCUAAAGGUUCUAAAGGGAAGAAGUUCAAACCUUUACAAUCUGAUGAUGAUGAAAAACCUUCCAUGAUAAUUACUAGCAAUUCAAAGUCAGAUGUGACAAUCGAUCAAUUGAAUGCUGGUAGCUCGGUACCUUUUCCAUCCAUGAAUGGAAAGCUAGCAGGCAUUAGUUCAACAAUAGAAAAAGUGACAACUUCAUCAACUAAGCUUGACAAAAGUUCUUCAAACAAUAGUGGUCAAUCAACGGUAGAAACACCAUUGCUGGGUCCUCAGAAUGUAGUCUCCCCAACUGUCCUUGCAGAAGAAAAACCAAGUCCUGCCAGUUCUAUUAUGUCCCAGCCCUUCAUGUCAGCAAUUCAUCCUGGGCAAGCUAAACCCCUUCUUUUAAAUAAAGGAGAUGAAGAUUCAAAUGCUAACUGUAAGACAGAGCAUGAACAAUCUGAACAACUGACAGGGAAAGGAUUAGAUCGACGGAAACAAGAUUUACCACCCCAAUCAUGUCAAAAUAAGAAUCUCGAUCGUCAUAAGGGUGCUUCUCCAGUUUCUUCUGUUAAAGAUUGUGUGAAGAAGAUGAAAUAUGAGAUCGAUCUUAUGGCUCUUCCACAUGGUGAUGAAGUUGAUGCAAUAAAUGAAUGCGAUCCUCAAGUGUCAUAUAUCAAUCAGGCACCUCUUGUCAUGCUACCACCAACACGACCAAAUCACUGUGCCACGCAUUGCUACAUUGCUCGUCUAAUACAUUUCCAGCAACAACUAGUGAAGCUCAACCCUUUUUGUCAGACAGCUGGCUCUUUGGGCAAACCAUAUAACUUGUCUGCAGUGCCACAACCAGGUGCAUUACUUCUAGGAGGUCCUGUCAUUAGAAAUCCAAAUGCUGUGAUCAAUGGCAGUUCCCGAUCUAGUUCUACAUCGCCUCUAAACUCUCAGUACCCUGUACCUAACUAUUCAGAUUCUUCAAAAGACGCUGAGAAAGGAAGGCAUUUACUUCAACAAUCACAUCAGGGUGGAUUCUUCCUAUUCCCCAUUAACCAAAUCCAAAGCCAAGCAGCAGGGCAAAAAGCUAGUGAUCUAUCACAAGCUGAAAAAUCAUUGUCCAAAUCCAAUGCGUCAUCAGCUUUGGCAUUAACCAGUACUAGUUGCAGUAAUUUAACAGCUAUUCCCGAUAAUCAAAAUCUAACCAUGUUCAAGGGGAACAAUCCUUUCCUAAAUACCCCGGCCUAUCAAGCAUACAUAGCUCAGCAGCAGCGACCGCCACUUCCACUCUUUCACGGUUCAUCUAAUUCUUCUCAGCUGUACUCUGGGGCUCUCCAGCUGACCCCAAUUCCUACUGCUUCAUGUGGAUCUUCCUUUGAGAAUUGCCUCCAAGAAAAACAAAUCCUCCAUUCUCCAAAGACUUUAUUAGAGGCUCAUGAUAACAAGCCCGAGCAUUCCAGGAACUGCGGGAUCUCCCGAUCUCAGAGAACUCUCCAGAACUAUAGCUUGCCAGCAGGGAAGCACCGACAACCACUUAGUCCCUUAACAAAUCAGGCAAAAGAACUAUCAAAGGCUAAUUCUAGCAGCAGCGGAGGUCCAUCUGAGUUGAACCAUUUCAGAAAACAAGUCGUGGUUCAAACAAACUCUCCUAUCUCAACCCUGUCUACAUCUGUAUCGGUUGCUUCGUCAGUAGCCUACUCUGAUCAAAAUAAACCCCGAGAGAGGUUAUGUUCUUUGCAAUGUAUGCCAAAACCAGAUAUUUGUUUAGAGAAUACUUCCAGUAGGAAAGUUACGCCCGUGCAUUCUUUGAUAGAUGCAGCCAAAGCCCAUCAGAAUAGUUCAGUACAUUUGACAUUUCCCGGGAGCCUUAAUACGAGGAAGCCUACUGUUAGUGAGCAAGCUCUUCUCUCUUCAUCAAUUGGGUUGACAACAGUGGCAACAGUUUCAUCAGUACAAGGUGCUGCUAGCCUGCCCGUAAAAUCAGCUGAACAGAAGCCAGCAGCAGCUUGAAGGAAG